ACUAACUAUUUGUCCAAAUCUUUAUAGGUUCAGAGAAAAAAAGGAGAGGAAGAGUGGAGGGUUUUAUGUGAAUAACCCACUUCUUUUUCCUCUUUUCUUCUUCGAUCAAGUAUCACCGGUCUCCUUCAUAAAAUUGUUAAUGGUGCUAAUGAUAGCAAGGGGAGACCUUCAUGGUAUGAGUUAAUGGUUAAUGAUGACCAGUUUUCAGGUUUGGUUUCUGUAGGCAUAGAAUGUGAUUCUGCUUUCUCAAGUUACUUGCCUUUGCUAUCAAAAUGUGGAAUUUUGCGUCCAAUUGCUUAGCUGGAAGUGUCGGUUUUAACCCUACUCAAAAGCUAAAUCAAGUUGCAGCGGAUGACUCAGAUGAUGAGUUGUCCUCAGUUAUUAGCAGAGAAGAAGGCUUAGAGUGCCCAAUAUGCUGGGAGUCCUUCAAUAUUGUAGAAAAUGUGCCUUAUGUUUUAUGGUGUGGCCAUACGCUUUGUAAGAAUUGCAUACUAGCACUUCAAUGGGCGGUCGUGAAAUUUCCCACAUUACCAAUUCAACUUCCCCUCUUUAUUUCCUGUCCCUGGUGCAAUUUGUUAUCCUUCCGUCUUGUCUACAGAGGGAGCUUGAGAUUUCCUCGCAAGAAUUACUUUCUCCUUUGGAUGGUUGAAAGCAAGAACGAUGAUGGACAUAAGUCUCAUAAUACCUUCUGUGAAGAUCGUCAACCUCUAUGGUCAUCAGACAGCAAUUUAGCUCCCAGAAAUGAGUCAAGUCACAAUAACAUCAGAAGGGGUCAUCAUCCAGAACAAUCAAGAAUGGAUCAUAAUCAUAAUCAUAGCAAUAUCAUCCUCGAUUUCGGGAGAAUUAAAUCUUCCCUUCAGAAGUCACUGUUUUUCUUCAUUCAUCUGACAGCUAAGUUUCCUUUGGUCAUUAUAUUCCUUUUGAUCAUAUUAUAUGCCAUACCUGCCAGUGCUGCCAUUUUGGCCCUGUACAUUCUUAUUACAGUUCUGUUUGCUAUCCCAUCAUUUCUAAUACUGUAUUUUGCUUAUCCUAGUCUGGAUUGGCUUGUCAGAGAAAUCAUCACUUGAUAAUGACAAGGCAAUUAGCUUCUUAGUCUGUAAUCUUGUGAAUAGAAGUUUUCACGUAGAAACUGGCUUCUAUUUAUGUAGAUGCGUACACUUAGUAAUUUGACGACUUUCCAGUUUCCAAGGCUGCCUCAAUUCUUUGCUUCCAGGUGGUACAUGUUCUUUAAACCUUUCAUUUUCAGAAGCAUGCCUGCUUUCUGUAGAACUUGACUGGGAUCGAGGUUGUGUGUGUUCUGGAGUUUUGGGGACAAAGAAGGCCACCACAUGGAAACCAUGCCACCAAUUUAGAUUUGCUUUGCGGAUUAGCAAAGCUAUUGUAAUUACACAAAUAUCUGAUUUGUAUGAGAACUUUUAAGAAAGAGCUGGAUUUCUUCUUUGUACUGAGACCCAUGUUUAUAGAACGAUUGAAUCUAGAUUAUGCUUCUGCUUCCCAUGUA